AUGUCGAAAACACUUUCAGAAAUUACUCCUAUUGAACUUCAUGGUACUUCCAAUAAACGCACUUUAGUUGUUUCACGUCCAACUACCACUGUACGUGAAGCAUUAAAAACCAUGGCUACUCAUAAUAUCACCUCUCUUCCCAUUUAUUCUCAUGAUUCAGAUAAAAUUGUAACAAUAGUUAAUCUUAUUGAUGUAUUAAAUUAUGUUAUCAAAGAAGCAGUAUCCGAUGAAAAGUUGCCUCUUUAUUUAAAUAGUGAAAAAAGUAAAAACUUGGAUAAUCAAAUCGAAGUUGUUAUGACAUUAGAUAAUGAAAAAGAAAGUUAUAGGAUUUUUGAGACCGAUGCGAAUGAAUGUCUUAAAACCGGAAUUCAUCGCUCUUUGGUAAUUGACUAUACCAAUAACAUGGAAUCAUAUAUUUUGACCCAAAGUGACAUAAUUAGAUAUGUUUAUGAACAUCCUGAAUGUUUACCUUCGGUAGAUUUUGAUUCUUCGUUAAAAUCCUUUGGAUUAACAGGGAAAGAAAAAAAUGUUGUAUUAGGACAUGAUAAAGAAAUUGCAUUAAAUGUUUAUAGAAGAAUGGCCGAAAAUAAAUUAACAGGAAUUCCAAUUAUUGAUAGUGAGGAUAAAUUAGUUGGAAAUCUAUCUUUAUCUGAUCUUAGAGGAUUAAGUUAUCAAUCCAUCGAUUGUCUUGUUUUGCCGGUUCUUGAUUUUUUAUCGAAAAUUCCAAAUAGGAAAAAUAGUUUAAUCCCAUUUUCAUUAACGGAGAAUUCAUCACUGCAAGAAACUUUAAAAUUAAUCACCGAUAAACAUAUUCAUCGUGUAUGGAUUGUCGAUGAAGAACACAAAGUUCAAAAUGUUAUUACCUUGACAGAUUUAAUUACAGUUUUCUUAAAGCAUUUGGCUUAA